GAUUGUAGUAGCUAUACUUAGAAGACGAAGAAAGAAAAAAAGAAUGCCUUUCCGCGUGACCUGACCGAAGCUUCGUCGCUCCUAUUCUUCAAGUUGUGAAUUUUUACACUCCGAUCGAAAAGUUUUGCUAUUUCGAAUCGGAUUUAAUUUCGUCAAAUCUUCUGCAAAGUUUUGAGUUUUGUUCUUUGAAUCAUGAUGAAUUCCAUCUUCGGAAAGCGUAAAACUCCUGCAGAACUUCUGCGGGAAAACAAAAGGAUGCUUGAUAAGUCGAUCAGAGACAUAGAGAGAGAGAGGCAAGGCCUUCAAUCACAAGAGAAGAAACUUAUUGCUGAGAUUAAAAAAACCGCAAAGCAAGGCCAGAUGGGAGCUGUGAAAGUGAUGGCAAAGGACCUUAUCAGAACGCGGCACCAGAUUGAGAAGUUUUACAAGCUUAAAUCCCAACUCCAAGGUGUAUCUCUCAGGAUCCAGACUCUGAAAUCAACACAAGCAAUGGGUGAGGCAAUGAAAGGUGUGACUAAAGCAAUGGGGCAAAUGAACAGGCAGAUGAACCUGCCAUCUCUGCAGAAAAUCAUGCAAGAAUUUGAGAGGCAAAACGAAAAAAUGGAGAUGGUCUCUGAGGUGAUGGGAGAUGCUAUUGAUGAUGCUUUGGAAGGAGAUGAGGAAGAGGAAGAAACUGAAGAUCUUGUUAGCCAAGUCCUUGACGAGAUCGGAAUCGAUAUCAACCAAGAGCUGGUGAAUGCUCCAUCUAAUACGGUCGCAGCACCAGCGACGAAGAACAAGGUGGUGCAAGCUGAGGCGGCCGGAGCUGAGGACGGCGGGGGGAUAGAUAGUGACCUCCAGGCAAGAUUGGACAACCUUCGGAAAAUGUGAGGCCUUCCUGGUUUCUGUAUCACAUUAUAUUACUGAUGGUUAAUUACUUUUCAAGGAAAAUGUGCCAAACGAGAUAUGUUUACGUUUCCGGGGUGGGUUUGUAAUAAUUUCAUAUAAUUUGAGUCCUGAAUUUAUAAAUUGAUUGUGGUUGUUUGACUUUUGUAUUAUA